GUCUGUUGCCCUGACAAGCAAUGAAGUCAUGCUCUUAAAUUAAACUCAAACAGUUUUUUAUUUGUACCAAAAUAUUAAAAACUCUGUUUUUUCAACUAAAAAAACUAUAGCUUCUCACUCUCUCUUUUUGUUGCCACCCUUACCACAGUACACACUAUUUCACAGAGCCUGCACACACACACACACUCUCUCUCUCUCUCUCUCUCUUUCUUGCUCUGGGAACUCUGCAAAAUCAUCUCCUCCAUUAAAACUGACCUAAUCUUUUACACAAAUCUAGCUAGACAAACAAAAGCUCAGACCCUAGAAAACUUACCCUCUACCACCCUUAUAUCACGUACUUCACCAUAUUUGCACCUCCUCUGCUUUCUCUUUCUUCAUCGUCACAAACCCAAAAGUCUCUGUCAAAAAAAAAAAAAAAAAAAAAGAGUUCUUUGAUUCCCAAUGGUCUCCAUAGACCCACAACAAAACUCACGGACUUUGAGACCUUCAAAAGCUUGCUAAUUUCCUUCUUGUUUCUUCUUCUUCUUCUGCACCAAACCCAGAAAUCUCGUUCUGUGUUUUGCUCUGUUUUUUUCUCUGCUUUUUUUUCACAUGCAUUCAAGUUUGUUUUCCUUUCAAUGAGUUGGGUUGUGUUUAAAUCUCUUGGGGGUGUGAAUGGGUUGCAUGUUCUCUCAUCUGGCUGCUAAAUUUGCUUUCUUUCCUCCAUCUCCGGCUACAUACGAGAUCAAGAAGCGAGAGGAUGGUAAGCUCACGGUGGUUUCGUCGUCUUCUUCGAACAUGUCGAUGCCGAUUCCACAUCCCGAUGAUAGUUCCUUGGACGUUUUGCUAAUAGACACCAAGCGUGGUAAUAAGAUUGUUGCCUUUUACCUGAGGAACCCAUAUGCUCGUCUUACUUUGCUUUACUCUCAUGGCAAUGCUGCGGACCUUGGCCAGCUUUAUGACCUCUUUGUGCAGCUUAAGGUCAAUCUCAGAGUCAAUCUCAUGGGAUAUGACUAUUCUGGAUAUGGAGCCUCCACCGGCAAACCUAGUGAGUCCAAUACAUAUGCCGACAUAGAGGCUGUAUAUGAAUGCCUUGAGACCGAGUAUGGUAUAAGCCAGGAAAAUUUAAUAUUAUAUGGGCAGUCAGUUGGAAGUGGGCCGACACUGCACUUAGCAGCUAAGUUGCCAAGGCUGAGAGGUGUAGUUCUUCAUAGUGCAAUUCUUUCUGGCCUCCGUGUCCUCUGCCAUGUGAAAUUCACAUUCUGCUUUGACAUUUACAAGAACAUCAAUAAAAUCAAGAAAGUAAAGUGCCCCGUGCUAGUGAUACAUGGUACAGAAGAUGAUGUUGUGAAUUGGUUACAUGGAAAUGGACUGUGGAAAAUGGCAAAGGAUCCAUACGAGCCUUUGUGGAUUAAAGGUGGUGGGCACUGCAACUUGGAGCUUUACCCUGAUUACAUCCGCCAUCUUUGCAGAUUUGUCCAAGAAAUGGAGAACAUAACCACGGAGAUCCGUCUCAAAAAGAUUUGGCAGAAUCUUCGUUUGCAAAAGAGGUCCGAUUCUACAUCCACUGGUACCUCAAGCAGGUGUUGUAGAAUCAAAUUCUGUCGACCCAAAUGCCCCAAAUGCCCUGAAUGUCCGAGUCUGAAAUGUGUAAAUGCCCAAAAUGUUCAGGAUCCUGUUGCUGCACAAAUUGUUUCCGUUGGCCUUGUUGUUGCACAGGAGCACAUAACAGCGGGAUCAAUGGAAAGCAGGCUGGUUAAUGCUGAUGAAAAUGCAUGUAUAGAUCGCUGGAACUUGGCUAACAUUCUUCUAAUCUCCUUGUGCAGUAGUGUUGGAAACAAGAGGAAGUAGUUGUUUCAAUAGUUUCAAUUAUAUAAUUGAAUAUUCUAUUUCAUACUUUUUUAAAAUUCUUUUCCUUGUCAAGUUUUACACAUUUCCCUCUUAAGAAA